CAUAUCAGGAACUGUGUGAAGGUGCACUUGAAGGGAGCAUUCUGUACAUCAUCCAGCACCUCUGAGAGAGUCACACAGAGAAUUCACUAUGAGCACAGUCGGGAAAGUUAUCAAAUGCAAGGCUGCAGUGGCUUGGGAAGCAGGCAAGCCUUUCUCAGUGGAGGAAGUGGAAGUUGCACCACCACGAGACCAUGAAGUCCGCAUCAAGAUUGUUGCCACAGGAGUUUGCCGUACUGACGCCCAUGCUGUAAGCACCCAUUUUAAAGAGGGUCUUUUUCCAGUGAUCCUCGGCCAUGAGGGAGCUGGUAUUGUGGAAAGUGUUGGACCAGGUGUCACCAAAGUAAAGCCAGGUGACAAAGUAAUUCCUCUCUAUAUCCCCCAAUGUGGUGAAUGUAAGUUCUGUUUGAAUCCCAAAACCAACCUUUGCCAAAAAAUCAGCAAAAUUAAGACUGCCAUUUCUGAUCAAGACCUAAUGGCUGACAAUACAAGCAGGUUUACCUGCAAGGGAAAGCAAAUAUACCACUUCAUGGGCACCAGUACCUUCUCUGAAUACACCGUCUGUGCUGAAACAUCUGUUGCCAAAAUUGAUGAUGCAGCUCCACUUGAUAAAGUUUGUCUGAUUGGCUGUGGAUUCUCUACUGGGUAUGGUGCAGCUAUUAACACUGCCAAGGUAGAGGCAGGUUCAACCUGUGCUGUGUUUGGUUUGGGAGGAGUUGGGCUCUCGGCUGUCAUGGGCUGUAAAGCAGCAGGAGCCACUCGGAUCAUCGGCAUUGACAUUAACAAUGAUAAGUUCCCUAAAGCCCUAGAGCUAGGAGCCACCGAAUGCAUCAACUCAAAAGAUUACGAUAAGCCCAUCCAACAGGUCAUAAGUGAAUUGACUGGUGGUGGUGUGGAUUUCUCCAUUGAGUGUAUUGGAAUUAUCGAAGUCAUGAAAGCUGCCCUUGAGUGCACCACAGUGGGCUGGGGUACGUGUGCAAUUGUAGGAGUCUCAUUAGCCGAAGAAGGAGUCCCUGUUGCUCCAUUCCAGUUGAUAAUGGGUCGGACCUUGAAAGCUACCUUCUUUGGAGGUUGGAAGAGUGUGGAUAGUGUCCCAAAGCUCGUUUCUGACUAUUUGUCAAAGAAAUUUGAUCUGGAUGCAUUGGUUACAUUUACACUACCAUUUGACAAAAUUAAUGAAGCUUUUGAUCUAAUGCGUGAGGGCAAGAGUAUUCGAACUGUGUUGGUGUUUUAAGUGCACCCAACUUGGAAUCAUGGAUUGAUCUUUUGGUCCUGAAAUGGAAUAUGCCUCUCACAGCAAAAGCUUGCAAGCAGAAGAUACAUACUAUAGCAUUUUCUGUUAUCUAUAUAGCAUGUUAAAUACCCUUCCAGUUAUAGGAAUUGAACCGUGUAUUUGUAGCCCACGUGCCUCUAUGGAAUAAAUGUACACUCUGUAUUAAAUGUUACUCUAGUACACCCUGGUGGACGGAACAGAAAAUGUUACCUAGAUACAUCUAAAUGGUACCACCAUAGUAGUCACUUUUGCUAUUCCACUGACUGUGAACUAAUUGUAAACUCAUUGUAAACGUACUAACAGCUACCACUGUAAGAGUUCUCUGCAUGACAUUUUAUGGUACAAUAAAUAUAUAAAUAAGU